UUAUUCGUAUUUUUGCUGUUUUUAUUUUAAUGUUUAAUACCAAUUAUUAGAUUUUCAGAGCUUUUGAAAUUGAUUUUUUCUUUCGAACGAUUGGGUGGUAAUUUUUCUGCACCUGCCAAGUGUUUGAAGGGAUGUAUGAAUGAACUUGAGAGUUGAUUUUCUUCAAUAGUCUCGUUGACUGCAUAUCUUUCUUUCAAUACUUUUUUAUAGGUCCUUAUUACUGCACUGGUACAUGUUUAACUGGUUUUACUAUAUAAGUCUAAGGGGUGAUUGGUUAUCAAACCAUCAGUGUUGAAAGGACAGUGAUUUUUAGUUUUUCAUUUUAAUGACCAGGAUUGCCUUUUCGCAAACCUAAAACAUGUCAGUUUGUUAAUGUAGUUGUAGCAUGCUGUUUUUAUUGUCUGUGUCGCUGUAAAAUGUUGAAUUUGUUUUUCAUACGCACCCACCCUAGUUUACCACUUCUGGACAUAUGUUCACAUUAUUUUGUUGGCUAACUAAGUAUUUUAACCUUAUCCAAUCUAAUUAAGUAAAGGUCUUCCUCUGGUAUUCUGAACAUAACUUAGUCUAGCAGCAAAUACCUAUUUCAUAUGAGUAAGAUAACAUUGGAAAUUCUUGCUUCUGAUUAAAUCUUUCUGUAUAUUUUGUUGCUUCCCUGCAAUCACAUUUUCUUGCAAGAUCAAAGCUGAUGGAUGUAGCUGAAAGGAGUAGUCGUCAUAUUCAUUUUGUUAUUUUUAUACUAAAUUUUCAACCCAUCUCUUGAAAUACAAUGAAAACCAUUAUACUUGCAUAUUUGCGUAUGUAUGAACGAGGAGCAAUAGGAACAAACACUAGGAGGGUUAUGAAGACUAUGUAUGAUCAUUGUGUUGCAUCUGAGGCCUUUCAUUUAUGAAGUGAGAAAGUUCCAACUCCUCUGACUUGUUGGCUGAACUGUAACUUGGAAUUAAACAAAUUUAGGGACGUUCAAGAAACCAACGAAGCACAUUUAGUUGAUGAAAUCAUAGGGUUUCAAUAAGGCUGUUAUCAGGCUUUAAAUGUGCUUUUUGGCAUGAAUUUCAGCCCCAUUUUAGUGGUGCUUAAUUGCCUUCAACUCAAAAGGAAAAAAAUGAAAUCAAAGUAGGAUGAACACCUGAUUUCUGUGAGCGUUAUAAUUCAAAUGUUAAUCACGCCGGACCAGAAUACCUUCAACUUUAUUAAACUGUAUGAGAAACAAAAACACACCGCAGCUUUAUCAUCCUCCAGAAUGAAAAACUUGAUUUUUAUUGCACCUUGGAGGGAGAAUGGGAUUUACUCUUAUCAGAUUAUUGUAUUGUACAAGUCUUUGGAAAUUUUAUGGUUUAUCUUGGACUAUUCAAGUUUCACAACUGAACAGUUCAAUGCGGAAAACUACUGGAAAUAUUGUAGGCCAAUUCCUCGAUGGUUUAAAUUGUUAUCUAAGGAGAUGUAUGUUUGCCAUUUUAUCUGUGGGUCCUGUACCAAGUCAUAUUGCUUUCAUCAUGGAUGGGAAUCGAAGGUAUGCAAAGAAGAAAAACAUGGAAGAAGGUGAUGGCCACAAGGCUGGAUUUAAUGCUCUCACCUCCCUCCUUAGAUACUGCUAUGAAUUAGGAGUGAAGUAUGUAACUGUCUAUGCAUUCAGCAUUGAUAACUUUAAAAGGAAGUCUACAGAAGUUCAAUCCUUGAUGGAACUGAUGCGGAAAAAGAUAGAGGAGUUGCUUGAACAAGAAAGUCUCAUUAAUGAGUAUGGUGUUAGAUUACAUUUUAUUGGAGACAUGAAACUGCUGACAGAUCCUGUCAGGGCUGCUGUGGAAAAGGCAACGAGAGUUACUGCUCACAACAACCAGAGAGUUCUUUUGAUUUGUGUAGCGUAUACUUCUCGUCACGAGAUUGUGCAUGCUGUUCAAGAAUGUUGCAAGGAAAAAUUGAAUGAAGUUCAAGCGUCAAAAGAAGAGAAAAUUACAAAUGUUGCGUUUUCAGGAAUUGAUCAGGGCCUGAAAGGAAAUGAUUUUGAUUUGCUUUCUCAAGAUUCAUGUAAAGAAUAUCGAAAUGCAAUCAAAGCUUGUAGUACUGAAGUAGAAAGUGCUGCAAGGAAUGAUGGUUUAUUUGAGAAUAAUAUCGGGAAUCAUAUCAGUAACGACACUGAAGCUGAAACGACAUUAUACAAUGGGCUGGUUGAAUUGGCUGAAGAGAGAAAGGAUAUACAGGAUGAGGUUCCUGUUAUAAAACUGGCGGAUAUUGAGAAGAACAUGUACAUGGCAGUUGCACCUGACCCAGACAUCUUGAUCCGGUCUUCUGGAGAAGCUCGCCUCAGUAAUUUUCUACUUUGGCAGACUACUACAUGUCCUUUAUAUGCACCAACUGCGCUUUGGCCUGAAAUUGGUCUCAGACACUUGAUCUGGGCAGUAUUGAACUUUCAGAGGCACUACUUUUAUUUGGAAAAAAAAAAGAAACAAUCUUAAGUGUAUCCUUACCGGCCAAAAUCCAGAAUAUGUGGCAACAGGUAAAUUAUAUCUGCACACAAUUAGCAAUUAGAGCACCUUUAAAUGUAUGCUUUUUGACUGUACUGAUGACCAUAAUAUGACAUUGAUUAUUUACAUGCUCUGCUAUGUAAUAAGAAAAUGCAAGCAAAAUAUUGUAAAAAAUUAA